UAUUACCAUGGGAGCAUCAGAGGCAUCACAGAAUCCAAAGCUGCUAUUUCUACCUGUAAUGGACUUCAUGGUAUGUUUGAAGACAAUACUUACGUAUACCUGAUAGAACCUUUGGAGUUAACCCACAGCAAGAGCAGUACAGGUAGACCACAUGUCAUUCGGAGAACAUUUGGAACUAAUACCUUCAGUCAUUUGGAAGAUCUUGAUACUGAUUCCACAUCUGAAUGGUCCUUUCUGUCUGAGUUGCAGUGGCUAAGAAGGAGAAGAAGGGCUGCAUUGCGUGGCAUCUUUGAGGAAAUGAAAUACCUGGAGCUCAUGAUUGUUAAUGACUAUAAAAUGUUCAAAAAACAUCGCUCAUCUCAUAGUAAUACGAAUAACUUUGCGAAAUCUGUGGUAAAUCUUGUGGAUGCUAUUUACAAGGAGCAACUAAACACCAGAGUUGUUCUAGUUGCUGUUGAAACCUGGUCAGACAGAGAUCGUAUUAAUGUUCACUCGGACCCAAGGCAGAUGCUUCAUGAUUUUUCCCGAUAUCGACAGAAUUUCAUCAAGCAACAUGCUGAUGCCGUGCAUCUCCUCUCGAAUGUGACAUUUCAUUAUAAAAGAAGUAGCCUGAGCUAUUUUGGAGGAAUUUGUUCGGUGGCUAGAGGUGUUGGAGUAAAUGAGUAUGGGCUUUCCUGGGCAAUAGCACAAGAACUGUCCCAAAGUUUGGCUCAGAAUCUAGGAAUACAGUGGGAGCCAGCGUCCAGAAAACCAAGAUGUGACUGUACAGAAUCCUGGGGUGGAUGCAUCAUGGAGGAAACAGGUGUCUAUCACCCCAGAAAAUUCUCAAGGUGUAGCAUUGCUGAAUACAGAGAUUUUUUACUCCGAGGGGGAGGUUCUUGUCUUUUCAACAGACCUACAAAGUUGUUUGAUGCCACUGAAUGUGGAAAUGGAUAUGUGGAACCAGGUGAAGACUGUGACUGUGGUGUCCAAACGGAUUGCCAUGCAGAAUGCUGUAAAAAAUGCUCCCUUUCUAAUGGCGCUCAUUGCAGUGAUGGUCCGUGUUGUAAUGAAACUUGCCUUUUUUUUCCCCGAGGCUUUGAAUGUCGCUAUGCAGUUAAUGAGUGUGAUAUUACAGAAAUCUGUACUGGUGACUCUGGCCAGUGCCCAUCAAAUCUUCAUAAACAAGAUGGAUUUGCUUGUGAUUCAAAUCAGGGACGUUGCUACAAUGGAGAGUGUAAGACAAGGGAUAAUCAGUGCAGAUACAUCUGGGGGAAUAAGGCUUCAGGGUCUCAUAAACACUGUUAUGAGAAGCUUAACACAGAAGGUACACAGAAGGGAAAUUGUGGAAAAGAUGGAGACAAAUGGAUUUCUUGCCACAAACAUGAUGUGUUCUGUGGAUUAUUGCUUUGUGCAAAUCUUGAUGGGGUUCCACGAAUCGGUCACCUUCAGGGAGAAAUUAUUCCAACUUCUUUUUUCCACCAAGGUGUUGUAGUGAACUGCAGUUGUGCACAUGUACUUUUAGAUGAUGAAACAGAUUUAGGAUAUGUAGAAGAUGGGACUCCAUGUGGUCCUAAUAUGAUGUGUAUGGACCGAAGAUGCCUAUCUAUUCAGUCUUUGAACAUAAGCAGCUGUCCUAUUGAUGCUAAUGGAAAAGUUUGUUCAGGACAUGGGGUGUGCAGUAAUGAAGCCACCUGCAUUUGUAACACUACUUGGGCAGGAACAGAUUGUAGCAUGUUUGAUCCUAGAAGGAAAGAUGACUCAGAGAAACCAAGCGGACCAAAGGAAAUGUAAAAAAGAGAAGAUAUGAUCCAAGUCAACAAGGCAUCUAAGGAAUCCCCUGGAAGGAUGUUGCUGUGCUUGACUGGACCCUGGCUAUGGAGGCUCUUUGAAGUAGCUGCCUCUUCCCACAGAAGCGUACCAGUCAUUGGCUCCAAGUUGCAAGCGGAGGCGUUUAUGAAAGGGCUGAAGGAAAACUGUCCUUUCUUGGAGAUUUAAAUUCAAGAACUCCCUCCAUUCAUUUCUCUCUCUUUUUGGGGAUGUUAGGGACAAGGCAACCUUUGGGAAGGAACGAUUUCGCCUGUUUUUUGUUUUAAACAAAAAUGGAGCAAAGAAAGCGCAAUAAGAGAACUGUUUCAAAAUACUCAAAUAGGUAAAGCAUUUCUUAAUCAUUUGAGUUCGCAUGACAUUUUAAUAUUAAUGGCAGACUCCAGUGGCAUGAUAAUUUCUGAAAUGGUGAACUGCAUGGCAUAAAUACAGCAAAUGAGCUAGCGAGAGGGUCCCAGAUAAAAUCUACUUACCAAGAACAGGAUAAAAACAAAACACGGAAGAGCCGGUCCUAGGUUUUACCUAUGAAACAUGAUAAUUUCUAAAUUCCGCCUGAUACAGGUAUUCCUCUUUAUUUUUAUUUUGCUUUGAGGCAAACUCUUUGAGGAAUGGCAGGUCAUACCACAUUGAUCUAUUUUAAAAAGGUUUUGGGGGAAGUCAUAUCAUACUCCAUUAUUACACAUUUUAAAAAUGUUUUCUUCCAUAUGUGAUCUUAAGAUGUACAUCUUCUUAAAAUGCUGCUCCUAUUUAAUUUUUUGGUAGCACAUUAUAUUUUAGAGGUUUAUGGCUUGCUCUAAAAAGGGAAAUCUGACAAAUAAGAGGUGUGCUUUUUAAAUGUGUAUGCUUGAAACCAAAAAAAAAAAAGUCCAUCUAAAACCAAUAUGUGUAAAUGCGUAUGUAUACAAUGAUUUUUCCUCUUCAAAUGCAUUAUUUGCAGUCAUGCAGAUAUUUUGUAUAUAUUGUAAGAAGCUGACACCCUCUCAAAUUAAUCACAGAAGUGCCAAGCUUAUAUCUUCUUCAUUUUGCCAUCUUGUUUUCCUUUCUCAGUCUCAUAUUGUAUGAAAGGAAAGAAGCCUAAAUAAGCCUUAAGUACUUGUAAAAUACUGAGAGCUUUUAACAGGUUAAGGCUUUCCUGUGUAUCGUUUUAUAAAGCCUGGUAUCACCUCACCCUCAGGACCCCUUUCUGUUUUUAAAAGUGUAUAAACAUGAUUCAGAUAUCUCUGUCUUUCUGAAUUUAUUUCUGUAGUAGUUGCUUUUAACGUUACUUCUUACUAGGCUACAUGUGGUUACUGUCAUGGAGGUUUGAAUUAGAAAAAAUGGUAAGAAUAUUGCCAUGCGUAUAUCCAGAUAGCGUUGAAUCAUGCUUAAACAGGAAAGUGGCAUUCAUUAAACGUUAAUUUAGCCUCUUCCCUUCUCCUCCCAAGCAUCUGUGCUCUGCCAUAAUCAGGCCUUCCCAUCACUUCUCUAAUUGGUAAAUGCGAAGAGUGGUAAUGGCAAAUUCCACCAACUAACAAAGUGUACUGAAAAUAAAGCUUGCUUGUAUGGAUGCACCUCUGCUGGCCAACCGCACGUUAAUGUUAUGCCAGUGUACAAGCUGGCAUCCCACUCCGUUUUUGCUAGCGGUGCUGCUGCUGCUGCUGCUGCAGUUGCUGCAGUUGCUGCAGUUGCUGCAGUUGCUGCUGCAGUUGUGCUUGUGGGUUUUCUACACCUGUUAUGGUGGGAAGCAGUGCCAAUGCUAAUUAAGCAGUCGUGGUCAUUAAAGCAGUGAUUUUUUGAGGUCACAAACAUGGUUAUCCUUCAUUACAGUUGCUAUGACAUCAGAUCAGUGUAAACUCAACCUGCAAUCACAUCCCAAACUCCAAAUGCUUGAUCAUUCAUUGCAGUGGGAGACUGCUUUGAAAUAGGCUUUAGGUGUAUAUCGAAAAAGCAACUUAUUUAAAAGCUUUUGUUCUGGUCACAAGUAUCUUGGCAUGAUCUAUUUAUAAUUCAGUUAAACCUAUAGAGAUCACUUUGAUCUGUAUUUAUAUAAAUGUUUUAUUCUUUUAAGAUGUAUUAGCAUUAAAAAAAGCAGAAUCUGAUACCUUUAAAGUUAUGUUUGAAUCUGUUUUUAGAUUUCUCUGUGUCAGUUAAUACAAUACCAAUGUUUUGGGAUGCCUUUCUUCAAGCUUUAUUAACAAUUGUGUGAAAUCAUAGCGCUUUGGCAUAACAAUCAUUUAAUUACAUUUGAGUUAACUUAGGAGUGGGCAGCUUGUGGCCUCUGGGCCAACUGUAGCACCUGAAUCUGUCUGUCUGUCCGUCCUUGUUUGUUUGUUUGUUUGUUUAUUUAUUUAGACCCAGAACUCUUAGAUAUUGUGCUAUUGAAAUUCAUUGGAAAUUAGAGACAUGGUUUCUCUUUCUUUCUUUUUAAUGGGAAAUGUAAGAAAUAAGGAGCGUAAUUGUCAUACCAUAUCUAAAUAAGAAAAAUACCCUUCCUGAACUUCCAGCUCCCAUUACUAAUCUGACCUAUAAGUGCUGAUAGCACAGCCUCUAGCCACAGAAAUAUUAUGCACUUCUCAUUUAGCAGGUUGCUGUUUUUACAUAAUCACCGCAAAGUUACUGUCCUACAAUGAAUGAAGAAGCAACGGGAAGCCUGGAAUUCAGUUACUGAUACUUAAGGCUAAUACUCUACAAAGGCAGCAAUGAAUUUUAACUUCCUGACCUGAAAAACAAACUGGAAUAGAUUCUAUAUGUGAUGUGCUCCUUUUCAGGUCUUCUCUUUUGCAAUAUGAAAUGGCCCUGUAGAACAUUUUAUGUAAUGUCACUUUGCUUUUAAGUAUACUGGAGAUUAAAAUAUCUAAAUGGGUGCUAAGUUUGGGUUCUGCUUUGGGAGCAGUGGUAACCACAGUAGACAGUGCCAUUCAGUAUGGUUACAAAGGUCAGAUUGUUGUACUAAGUAAAAUAUUUAUGUAAUUCACAAAACAUUGUAAUGUGCGAUGUGAUUUUUUUUUUAAAUCAGACCACACUGGUCCCCAAUUAUGUACAUAAGAUAAAGAGUUGGGGUAACUUUUUGUUACACUGACAGUUUCAUAAGAAAUAUAAUUUCUUUUCUAAAUUUCUCCUCUGCUGUUCUGUUCUGUAUAGAUAUGUUUAAAUACACAGACUAUGUAUAGACUAUAAAUGACCACACAACCACAUAGCUCACAGAAAUGGAUUAUCAUGUUUUCGGUGGUCCUAGCAUUACAUCACCAAACCUGCUAAGGUCUAUACUUAUUUUAUAAGCAUUCAUUUACAAUAUUUUGUAGAGAACAUAAGCAACUUACUUUUUUUUAAAACACAGUAUCAUUAAAAUGGUGUUCAACACAAUAAAAAAAUUCAUUUCAGCCGCUAUAUUUUUGUUCCAUUGAUAGGAUUCAACUCGACAGGAAAAUGUAUGGAAAUUUUAUAUCGCUUAUGUUGAUAUGCUGCAUGAUCCCACUGAAUUCAGCAAAUUCUCAGAGAGGAAAGCUCCACUACGCAAAUUAACAAAAAUAUAUUCUAGGUGCAUGUUAAAAUAAAUUACAUAGAACUGGGGUUGUACAACAUUUUCUUUACUAUGCAAUGAUAGGUAUUGCACAAACUUAAAAUUCAAAGACAAAUGUCUGAGGAACUUUACAAAAUACUUGAAUUAUUUUUGAUCUAAAAAGCUAUCAGUCGUUUUAUAUUCAUUGUUGCUUUCAUUAUUAAUAUUCAUCUAAAAUAGUAAUUAUUUUUAAGGUGCACAAUUUAACAAACUUAUUUUGUCUGAAGCUAAUAUUCAUAUUCUGUUGGCUGCAGAUGAAUGGGAAUUCAGUUACUGUUUUGCAUCUUAGUAAAUUAGUAUUAAAGACAUC